CGUUUUAUUGCUAAUUUCAACUCGUUAGAAGAUGCAAGAUUUAAGACAUGCGCUGGUUAAUAAGAUUUUGUUAGAUUGUUUUACUUUGUAGAAAAGAUAACCGGCUUUCCAUUGUUUCACAGUGCUAUUGAAGUUAUUGAAUUCAUAGAACGGACAACUCAGUAUAUAAGUACAGUGCACAUAGUGACCUUUCUCGCACUCCUUUGCACAGUGCUUACAACAACAGUAUAUGCUUUUGCUGAUGAAAUCCCGCAUCUAUGGCUUGGUUCAGACAAAGUUCCAGAUUUACAUUCUAUAUUCAACAAUAGUCCAACCCUAUUCCCAUGUAGAUCGUUUGACAACAAGACAGUUUCUUCAAAACCAUACUCGAGAGGAUUCAUUUGCAGUGAUCGACGAUAUAAAUUUAAAGGAAUAUUCGGGAAUACAUCGUAUAAAAAUGACCAGGCAUAUGAGUUAGAUAUUUCUAUCAAAAUUGAAGGUAUAAAGCAGGGAAUACACGACGAUAUGGUAAUUUUUGAAAUUGGUCUAUCAAGAAACAAAGUCCAUGAUUCAUAUUCGUAUGAAAACACAGAAAACACUUGGGUUGUUUAUGGCGUAAACUGUGGUACUGAUCUAUGCCUCCAAUACAACGAUCGGAUAUCGCCAUACAUACAAAGAAUUAAACAUGAUAAAGAAAGUGGUCUCUUGGAAACUCGUUUGGCACUGAGGUUGGAACCAAAAACUAAAAGUCUGCAAGUGUCAUUAAAUUCAUCAACUAUAACAUAUACAUUUACAAAUGUAUCAGCAGCAGAGAGCGAAUUAUGGCCAAUAUUUGGCAUUUAUCGCAAUGACAGUUUUAUUUCUGUGUCCAUUAUUUCGUCAGAUCCUUCGGUUGUCACAUUUGAUGCAUCAACAUUAUUUCCUGGUUUGUUUGUAUCAAAAGAUGCAAAAGUAUUUGCUAAUUGGAAUAAUUCUGUGUCAGGUUAUCAAUUUCAUAAUCCGAUUUCCUCAUAUAUCUUUUCCGAACCUUUGAUUUCGAAGUCGCAAGAGGAGAUGUUCUAUACUGUUGAAAUAAUAAUAAAAGAACACAGAUUUCUUCCGAACAAUACGAUUUUAUUCGAAGUUGGUACUUUAGGCAAAAAAUAUUUUGAAACCGACUUUUUCAUUAAUAUCCUGAUGAGAUAUAAUGUUGAACAAAACACUAUCGGAUAUUUUACUGAGCAUAUAAAUGGAACUUUUGAAUUAUGUAACAGCGAUUCCAUCAAUUUACCUUUCUUCACGAUAAAAGCUAUUGUAAGUUACCAUGGACAAAAAAACUCGUUUAAUAUUUCGCUUUUCUGCAACAAUGGUGGCAUGACAUUUUAUAGCAAAUUUGUUGAGAAAUACCCUACUACUUUCCCACAAUUUUAUCUUAGAAAAACUUGUAUUUUUUGCAGACCAUAUUUAGAAGCUAAAAUAAGAAGAGUAAAUUCCAGCGAAAUUUGCUUUUUGGCAAGCCAACGUAUCGUGCACACGCUUGCUAUACUGCUUGUUUUUGUCGUCUUGAUGUUUGCAUGGAUGCACGCUCAAAUCCAUGAAGAUAGACUAAGAGAUCUGUAUUUGUUUCAAUGAUUUAAACGGUAUAUGAACACUUUAGGCAAAGGAAAAUGAACAAGCUUCCCCGACUGAUAUGGGAAGUAAACGCUGCCAUGCAAGGAUCAUCUAUGAUUUGUACAGUCUUUUCUAAUAUUUGCUUUACAUCACGGUGCGGGGCUAUUAGUUUCAGUCGAUAUACACACAAUCUUGAAAUUAUCACUGAUCACAUAUACAUUCUGAUUGGUUGCUUUAUGAUGCGGGCCGGUUGAAAUACAGCAACAUUUAUGGCUUAAU